AUCGAAUCCUCAUCCUUACGUCGCGAAGCCGAGCUGGCACCCGGGCGUUCCGUUGGGAAGUCGACGGCAUGGAUUCGAUUCCGGAAGCGCUACACGAUGUACGGCCCGCGACGAAGUCACAGCCUCCUAUUUAUACGAGAGAAAGAACGAGAAACGAGCAAGGAGGAGGAAUUAGGCAUUUUCGCCUCGGAGCGCGGAGAGGAGAAGCCGGAGAGGCGAUCCCUCCCGCGGUUCUCGACGCCCCUCAUUCCCACGCUAUUCUUCAGGUUUUCCUCUUCCAUUGAAGAAGAGUGGUGGUUUCUUGUGGGAUUUGUGGUCCGACUCAGUUGUCGACGGAGUUUUGGUUCGCCCCUGCGCUUGCUUUUCGUAGAAUUUACAAUACAGAAAUGGUUGCCCAGGGGUUCUCGGUUGACUUGAACAAGCCUCUGGUUUUCCAGGUUGGUCAUCUUGGGGAAGAUUAUGAGGACUGGGUUCACCGGCCCAUCGUUACCAAGGAGAUCCCACGAUUCUUUGCAAAUGGCUUCAUGGAGUGCUUAACGAGAACAGUGUGGUGGGUUGUUCCAGUGAUAUGGCUCCCAGUUGUUUUCUGGUGUCUGACCAUCUCUAUUCGAAUGGGCAACACACUCCCUCAAUUGGUCCCACUGGUGUCAUCAGGAAUUCUUCUCUGGACCAUGAUUGAGUAUUCUUUGCAUCGCUUCCUUUUCCACAUGAAAACAAAAGGCUACUGGGGAAACACAAUUCAUUAUCUGUUUCAUGGAUGCCAUCACAAGUACCCCAUGGACGGACUGCGCCUUGUUUUUCCACCUGCUGCAACAGCCAUCAUAUGUGUGCCGUUCUGGCAUCUGCUGCACCUACUCACGGCUCCAUCAGCUGCGCCUGCCGUGUUUGGAGGUGGCCUGUUGGGAUACGUUAUAUAUGACUGCACCCAUUACUACCUGCAUCAUGGACAUCCAUCCAAACACCCAGCUAAACACCUGAAGCGGUAUCAUCUAAACCAUCACUUCAAAGUUCAAAACAAGGGGUUUGGAAUAACUUCUUCACUCUGGGACAUCAUCUUUGGCACAUUGCCACCAGCAAAAACCUCUCAUCAGAAAAACUGAUUCUUUUGGACAAUGCAAGAAUAGCUUGUAAUUUAUUGAGAUUCCCUACUGUUCUCUUUGGUGGUUCCUUUUUUUUUUUCCUGCAUAUCCCAAAUAAAUAAACAUUGCCCUCCAAUUCUUUCCUUGGAUACAUCACAGAUCAGUGCCCUUGAUCAUCAUGUAUUGAGGGCAUUAUUUGAUGAAAGCUACCUUAUGUAUUAAACUGGUUUAUAUGGAAACAUGAGUUUUUAAUUGGUCAG